AUGACGGCGCAGAUCCCCUCCCCACGGACGCUCCCCUUCCUGGGUAACGUCACGCAGAUCGAGAAGGAGGUGCCCCUCCGCUCGUACGUCCUCCUCUCGCGCCAGUACGGCGAGAUCUACCGCCUCAUGCAAUUCUCACAGUCGACGCUCGUGGUCAGCUCGUACGAGCUCACGAACGAGGUGAGCGACGAGAAGCGGUUCAUCAAGAACCCCGGCGGCGCGCUCGAGCAGGUGAGGCACGGCGUCGGCGAUGGGCUGUUCACGGCAAAGCCCGGAGAAGAGAAAUGGGGCAUCGCCCACCGUCUCCUGAUGCCCGCCUUUGGCCCGACCGCUCUCAAAAGCAUGUUUGACGACAUGAACGACAUCGCUAUGCAGCUGAUUACCAAAUGGGAACGGUCACUGGUGAAAUCAUUGUGCCUGUCAGCUUCGGACUUCACCAGGCUCGCGUUCGACACUAUCGCCUACUGCUCGAUGUCACAUAGAUUGAACUCAUUCUACAGGGAAACGAACCACCCCUUCGUGCAAGCGAUGGGCGACUUCCUGGUCGAGUGCAUGGGGCGCCCGUUCCGCCCACCCAUCGUCACGAACAUGAUGGGUUACAACAUCAAGUACGAAGAGGAUAUCAAGGUGCUUGCGGACCUUGCCAACCAGAUCGUUGCGGACCGCAAGGCGAACCCGACGGAGAAGAAUGAUCUGUUGAACAGGAUGCUGAACGGGAAGGGUUCCAAGACGGGAAAGGGAUCGGACGACGAGAACAUCAAGAACAACUCUUGCACUGAUGAGUUGUCAUCCGCAGGGACCCUUUCGUUCCUCACGUACUACCUGCUCAAACACCCCCAUGUGAUACGUAAACUGCGCGAAGAAGUGGACGAGGUGUUCGGCGACCGGCCUCCACAAGUCGACGACCUCGGCAAGCUUCCCUACCUCACAGCAUGCCUGCGGGAGACACUGAGAUUGUCGCCACCUGCGCCGUUGCGGAACGUCGAAUCCGUCGAUGACACGACUCUCUGCGGCGGGAAGUACGCAGUGAAGAAGGGCGAGGCCGUCACUGUGCUUGAGGUGGUCAUGAUGAGAGACCCGAAGGUCUGGGGCGAAGAUGCUGACGAGUUUAAACCGGAACGUAUGCUGGAAGAGAACUUCGCUAAACUUCCUCCGAACGCUUGGCAACCCUUCGGGUAUGGCAUGCGUGGAUGCAUCGGCCGCGCCUUCUUCUGGCAAGAAGCGCUUCUUAUGGUGUCGCUCAUCGCCCAACGGUUUCACCUCGUCAUGGACGACCCUUCCUAUGAACUGCACAUCAAACAUGCCAUGAGCAUCAAGCCCGCGGACUUCCAUAUCCACGUCAUGCGGCGCAAGGAUCGUUCUGUGCACUAUGCGAUUCCUACGGCAGUUUCGUCGCAGGUACCGCACCAGACAAGACAGCAGGCCCAGGCCGCUGUGGCUAGUGGGGAGGGCAAGCAGCCUAUGUACGUGUUGUAUGGGUCGAACACGGGGACGAGCGAGGCGUUUGCACAGAGGGUUGUUAGCGGAGCUCCUGCGCACGGGUUCCGUGCUACUAUGGGCACUCUGGACGCGUUCGCUGCCAGGCUCCCGACAGACGGCCCCAUAGUUGUAAUCACGGCAUCAUUCGAAGGGGAACCGGCGGACAACGCUGCCCACUUCGUCGAGUGGCUCACGAACCUCAAGGGAAAAGAGCUCGCAAAUGUCGCAUUCGGCGUCUUCGGCUGCGGGAAUCGUGACUGGGCCCAGACCUACCAACGUAUUCCCACUCUGAUCGACAGGUUGUUGGAGGAAGGGGGCGCGCGGAGGACGGUUCCCCGCGGUGCGGGCGAUGCGAACGCAGCGGACUUCUAUGAGAAGUUUGAUGAGUGGGAGGUCCUACUGUGGCAAACGAUGUCAAAGGCAAGGCUUGAGAUGAAGACGGUCGAUGAGGGCACGACGCGUGCAUCGGUCUUGCGCCAGCCUGAUGUUGCGCUCGGUACGGUGAUCGAGAACAGACUACUCACCGGACCUGGCGUUCCCGCUAAGAGACACUUGGAGUUCGAGCCCCCUGAAGGCACGGCCUACAGGGCUGGAGACUACCUAGCUAUUCUGCCUUCAAACCCAGAUAGAGACGUGCACAGGGUCAUCGCGCGGUUCGGUCUCUCCCCUGAACAAGAGGCAAAUUGUCCUCUCGUCAAACGGCUCACUCCCUUGCCAGUCGGACGGCCUAUCACCGUUCAAGCUCUUCUCGCGGGCUACGUGGAGCUCUGUCAAACUGCUACCACGCGCGACCUCCGCGUGCUCAUGGCCGUCGAGAAUGCGCCCGCCGAGGCCCUUCAAGCGCUCUCCGACUCCUACGCCGACAAAGUUCUUGCCACCCGCCUCAGCGUACUCGAGAUCCUCGAGGAACACCCCUCGCUUGCACUCCCCUUCCUCGCAUACCUCCAACUCUUGCUCGCCAUGCGUAUCCGGCAAUACUCCAUCUCGUCUUCGCCGCUCUGGAACCCUUCGCACGUGACGAUCACGGUGAGCGUGCUCGACGCGCCCGCGCACUCCGGCCGCACGCACGCGUUCCUCGGAGUCGCGUCGACGUUCCUCGCAGGCAUGCGGGCGGGCGACAAAGUGCAAAUUGCCGUCAAGGCCAGCGGCGUGGCGUUCCACCCGCCCGCGGACCCCGCUGUGCCGAUGGUGCUGUUCGCGGCGGGCUCGGGGCUCGCGCCGAUGCGCGGGUUCCUGCAGGAGCGCGCGAUGCAGAAGAAGGCAGGGCGCGAUGUUGGGAAGAGCGUGCUGUUCUUGGGGUGCCGGAAACCCGGGGAUGACUUCUUGUAUGCGGAGACGGACCUCAAGGAGUGGCGCGAGCUCGGCAUCGUGGAUGUGAGGCCGGCGUUCUCGAGGGCACCUGAGGAGUCGGAGGGGUGCAAGUACGUCCAAGACCGCGCAUGGCACGACCGGUGCGAGAUCAACGACGCGUACAAGGCACACACUAGAGUAAGUGCACACCCUCUCAAUUCAUGCUUUACCUCUGGGAAUCUUAAUGUCGCGCAGGGCAUCAAGGACGUGCUCCUCCGGAUCAUCAAGGCCAACCAUGCCGUCGACGACGCAGAGGCGGAGGCGAUCUUCGGGCGCAUCACGCAGGGCCGGUAUGCCACGGAUGUCUUCGAGUGA